ACGAGCGUUGAAGACAACGUGAACUACGCGGCCAUCAUAGACGGGAUCAACAGCGUGAGCAGAUACGGUAAGAGUGCGGAGGUUUCACCCUUCGCCCCGAGAGGUCUCCUGCCAAACUCCACGGAUAAAUACUUCAUUUACAACGGCUCUCUGACCUCGCCUCCCUGCAGCGAGACGGUGGAGUGGAUCGUCUUCAAGAACACGGCGGCCAUCUCUGACGACCAGGUGAGAGGCUGUUCAAAGGAACAUCACUUUUAG